AUGGAGGAUUUGUUGUGUUUGGGUGAUGUUGAUGGCCAAGGUGUAGCUGGGGUUAAAGUUGAGUGCAAGGAGGAGAGCAGGGAGGUGGAAGUGACCCCAGAGGUAGUUGAUAAAUUAAUCAGUAGCAAUGCUCAGUUAUCCCAAGCAGUGGCACAACUGUGUAAUAAGUUUGACCAAAUGGGGCACAUGCAAAACAUGGUGUGGUCACGUCCUGUGCCCACUAUUGGAAAAUUCUCUGGAAGGGUACGGAGGGCCAGUGAGUUGGAUGACUGGGUAGAGGAUGCCACAGAGAAAAUAAAGCAGCUGGGAUUACAGGGCUCUGAGGGAGUGUCAUACCUGUGUGGGUUCUUGGAAGGCCCAGCCCGUCGAAGGGUCCGCAACAGUACUGUGAAGACUGUGUCUGACCUUUUUGAUUGUUUGAGGUCUGCUUUUGGACCAGAACUGAAUUAUACAGACUUAGAAAAACAGCUGCAUGCUCGGGUUCAACAGCCAGGUGAAGGAGUGUGGGAAUUUGCUGAUUCUCUGGGUGUUAUUGUGGAUAAAAUCGGGAAACGGGAGUCCUUGAGAACAAGGGGCCAGCUCUCAAGGCCUGACGACAGGGCCCCCACUACAGCUCAGAUAAGGAGUGUGACUAAUGUGACCGAGGAACGGAAUGAUGUAAAAAGAGGGAAAGUUAAGUUGUUUGGAAAGACUCUGAGGAUAGAUGCGUUGGUGAAUGGUAUACCUGUAAGUGCUAUGGCUGAUUCUGGUGCUGAGGUCAGUCUGGUGACAGAGGAAUGGUACAAACAGCACCUCCUCCCCAAGCAAGCUGUGAUCUAUGGGAUGGACAUUCGGAUUACAGAUGCAAAUGGGAGGGAAAUUCCCUGUUUGGGUUAUGUGAAGUGGAAGGUAGCCAAAGUUUCUCAUGGAAGGGAGGUUACUGUGGGAAGAGCUCACACACACACAGUAGCUCAGACUGCACCUCCUUCAGUGGUUAAGGAGUUCAAGGACAGACUAGGGGUGCAGGUGGAUGAGAGUCAGCUUGAUUCAGCACAGUUGGAGAGACUGGAUGGAUUGAUCCAUGAGUACGGAGAUGUGUUUGCUGAAAACGAGCAGGAUUUGGGAUGUGCUACUGGAGUGGAGCAUGAAAUUCACCUCAAUAGUGCAGUGCCCAUUCGCCUUCCAUACAGACAUAUUCCUCCCCCAUGUAUCACUGAGGUUAAAGCUCAUGUAAAGGGACUGUUGGAACAGGGAGUGAUAGAGGAGAGUGUGAGCCCGUAUGCAGCCCCAAUAGUGAUGGUGAGGAAGAAAGAUGGUUCGCUGCGACUUUGUGUUGAUUAUCGAAGGCUGAACGAGGUGACAGUGAAAGAUGCCUUCCCAUUACCAAGGGUACAAGACACACUAGAUGCAUUAGCCGGGGCGCAGUAUUUUUCUUCUUUUGAUUUAGCUGCAGGUUAUCAUCAGAUUCUUGUGCGGGCAGAAGACCGGCCCAAGACUGCUUUUGUAACACCAUUUGGCCAUUAUCAAUAUGUGCGCUGUCCUAUGGGGUUAUCCAAUAGCCCAGCAACAUUCCAAAGGUUUAUGGAGUAUGUGUUUAGCGAUCAGGUUUUUGUGACUCUUUUGGUGUAUCUGGAUGAUUUGUUGGUGUUUGCUCGGAGUGUGGAUGAGCAUCUGGAUAGACUGGAGGGAAUGUUGAAGCUUUUGAGGAAACAUGGGCUGAAGUUGAAACCUUCCAAAUGCCACAUACUAAAGCCCCAGGUUAGGUACCUUGGAUUUAUCAUUUCUAAGGAGGGAAUUAAUACAGACCCAGAGAAAAUACGGGCUGUACAGGAGUGGCCAGUUCCGCGCACUGUUAGGGAGGUCAGGGCAUUUGUCGCAUUCUGCUCCUUUUACAGAAGGUUUGUGAAAAAUUUUGCGAAGGUGGCUGCUCCGUUGCAUGCUUUGAUGAGUGGUGAUUCUAAGGCAGCAGUGAGUGAUUAUUGGGGGAAGGAUGAGGCCAGAGCAUUUGCCUUGUUGAAAGAGAAGUUAAGUCAGGCUCCAGUGUUGAAAAGUGCAGAUUACAGCAAGCAGUUUGUGGUGGAGACAGAUGCUAGCUUUGAAGGACUGGGAGCAGUUUUAUCUCAGGAGCAUGAUGGGAGGUUGCAUCCGGUGGCUUUUGCAAGUAGAGGUCUCAGAAAGUCAGAGCGGAACAUGAGCAAUUACAGCUCUAGGAAGUUGGAGCUGUUGGCUCUGAAGUGGGCUGUGACAGAGCAGUUUAAGCACUAUCUGGUGGGUGGACAUUUUAUAGUGCUGACGGAUAAUAAUCCAUUGGCACAUUUGAACUCUGCCAAGCUUGGGGCAGUGGAGAGUAGGUGGCUGGGUGACUUGGGAAGGUUUGAUUUUGAGGUGAAAUACCGGCCAGGGAAGGAGAAUGGUAAUGCGGAUGGAUUGUCGAGGAGGCCCCAGGAAUUGAUUGAGGGAGGGGAGGAAGAGAAGGAGAUAUGGGAAACCAGUCCUAACUCCUCGGUGAAAGGGGUGGCUGUGAUGCAGGUAUGGCGUGGUGCCAGUAAGGAGCAGCUUAGGGAUAUGCAACAGUCUUGUCCAGUUGUAGGGAAGUUGUGGAGACAAAUGAUUGGUAGACUGAGGCCAGCAGAACUAAGGCAGUUGCUACAAGUAGAGGAGUUUAGGCAAUGGUGGAGAUGCAAAGUCUGUGUCAUGGGGAAGGAGGAGGGUGUGCGGGCCAAGACUAAGUUGGGUACGUUGGAGGCCAACCGCCCCUGGGAAGUGUUGGCUGUUGACUUCACUUUGCUGGAUCCGGCCAGGGAUGGCAAGGAAAAUGUAUUGGUGGUGACGGAUGUGUUUAGCAAGUUUGCCCUGGCCUUUCCUACUAAAAACCAAAAGGCAAGCACAGUAGCCAAGAUCUUGGUGGAGGAGAUUUUUCACCGUUUUGGUUGCCCAGAAAGGGUACAUAGUGACCAGGGGACAGCAAUGUCUGGCAAUAGUGAAAAGACUUCUGUCUAA